AUGGAUGAGCUGACGGUACAGUACAGCUUCCAGUACGAGAUAGCCAAGGCAGACAUUGAUGAGAGCGCGAUACGGCACGAUGAGGCUCACCAACUGGUGCUCAGCCUGGCCCAUGCCAAGGCAGACGCUAUCAGAGCCAAGCUGCAGGCGGCGGGAAAUGGCGACGAGGGCCUGCUGGUGACCUGUGACCAGGUGGUGCUGCACGAGGGCCAGAUCCUGGAGAAGCCUGCAGAUGAGGCACAGGCCCGCCAGUUUAUUGCUGGCUAUGCGCGGGCACCUGCCUCCACCGUGGGAUCAGUGGUGCUCACAGACCUGGCCACGGGGCGCAGCUGGGAGGGCGUGGAUGUGGCAGAGAUCCACUUUGAGCCCAUCCCGGCGGCCUCGGUGGAUGCGCUAAUUGCGGAGGGCGAGGUGUACUGGUGUGCCGGCGGGCUGAUGGUGGAGCAUGCUCUGGUGGCACCCCACGUGACCCACAUGGCUGGCAGCCUGGACUCGGUGAUGGGGCUGGCCAAGCACCUGCUGCUGCGUCUGCUGUGCCAGGCGGCGGCGGAUUCGGCAGCGACGGCACCGCUGUGA